ACACAUUCCGCGAGAUAAACCUUAAAAUCUUAAACCAAAUGAAGCUAAUUGAAGUAUCAAGAGGAGAAACGCAAAUCAUCGGCACCAGACAAACGUUACCUUGACCGUACCUCACGGAUUCAUUUUAAAGUCUGCCAUAGAUAAUAAAGUAACAUUCCAACCUGUUGGGCGAAGAACGGAAGGGACAACGGCAAAAAGACUGAAUGUUAUCGACUGAACAGCGGAAACACCCCUAACUAUAAGAUCUGCGAGCGCCCUAAGAGCAAUGCUUCUGCUGACGCUUCUGCUUUCGGGAGUGCACACAUUCCCAGCUAACGUUUCAAGCCCUUCGGCAACCUCCAAUCCAAGCUUACUAGCACUUACUGCCAUAGACUGCCCACCGUGCCAGCCCGAGCUGUGCCCACUAACACCCUUGUGUCCAGCAGGGUGGGUGCUGGGUCGUUGUGGCUGCUGUCAGGAAUGUGGGAAUGUGGAAGGACAGCCGUGUGACCUUGACCCCCGAGGAGCUUUCUACGGGCGAUGCGGUCGUCACCUACGCUGUCAGCUGGACACUGCCGAUCUGCGGCACGGAGACAUCCCGGAGCCACGAUGUGUUUGCGAAUCUCAGCAAGUGGUUUGCGGGUCGGAUGGCGCGACCUACGAGAAUAUCUGUCGCAUGGAGGAAAGGACACAGCAUAGUGUAACUGUGACGAGCAGCGGCCCAUGUGAAGCAGCUCCCCAGAUCAAACUACCUCCUCAGAACCUGGUCAGUGUGACUGGUAAAGAUAUCAUCUUCCAUUGUGAAGUCUUUGCUUUUCCCAUGGUUACAAUAGAAUGGUGGAAAGAUGACCACUCGGAGAGUCUGCCUGGUGAUGACCCUCAUAUUUCUGUGCAAUGCCGAGGAGGACCAAUGCAUUAUGAACUUUCAAGCUGGCUGCAGAUCGAGACUCUCAGAAAACAUGAUGCUGGGAUGUAUCACUGUGUGGCUUCAAACAAAUUUGGCAGAGUGAUGGCUUCUGCUAAUCUCACUGUAGUGGAUGAAGAUUUUUUGCCUGUUCAAGAACUGCAACCUGAAAGCGCAGAGGAUGAGGAUUAUUAUUAAAGAAUAUUAAACAACAUUUUCUACAGCUAAUUAUAACUCGGCCAACACGUGGAAUCUUUCCUAUAUGUUUGAUGGUUUGAGACCGUUUCUAAUUUAAAGAGUUAUCUUUAUUUGAGCCACCUCAGGUUGUUUUCCUGGCUGAACAAAGUAGGAUAAAAUGAUUUUACCCUGUUUAUGUCGUCCUAAUAAUGAUUUGUUUGCUCUCAGUUUUUUUGUCAUCCAGUACAGACUUUCUUAGCUUUUGAAUCAAACUGUGUUUUUCAUUGAUGCUGCCCAAGCUUGGAUGAGUCAGAAAAUGAGAGGCAUUGUAAGACAAGCCAGGAGAGGGUGUGAGAGAGCUGUUUUAAUGAAGGUAAUGUCUACGUGUGUUCACAUGUAAUCUUUAGUUAAAUCCUUUAAAAUGCAAAACUGUGAUCAAUUUAUUUAUCUACAGAUAAUAAAUCAGUAAAUACAUACAUA